AUGAUUAUGUCUUGCAUCCCGACUAUCUUCCGACGUUCGUCUAAGGGCGAGAUCGAGAAGAUCGAGAAGACUGCAACCAGAAGACCUUCUCUCUUCUCUAUCAAAAGCGCAAAGAGUGCAAAGAGCGCCAGGAGUAGAAACUCCGGAAGCUCCUACCAGAACAAGCGACAAAGCCAAGUCUACGAACUUACUGAUAGACGAUGGUACAUGUACACCGUCACACAACCUGAUGGAGAGGUUGAGAAGCAAAUGGUAGCAUUACCACCAGCAGUCGCCGAAAGACUGAAUCUGAGCUUGAGGGCCGAUGAAGAAUCCGAACCACCAUCGCCCCGUACAGCUUCGCCUUCCAUUCCAAUUCCAUCCGACCCAUUCCCAAUGGAGGCUUCUCUUCCUCCAUCUCCAACAUCUCCACACCACGACAGGCAAAGGUCAAAUGCCACAUUCCUUAGUGGCUACCUUGAUAGGGAUCAUCACUACGAGGAUGCCAUCACAAGACUAUACGAUGAGGAUGAGAUCUGGUAA